AGAGGAGAAAGAGGAAGGAGGGAGGAGAGAGGAAGAAGAGGAAGAGGAAGAAGAAAAAAGGAGGAGAAGAAAGAAGAAGCCUUUCAAGUCCCAAUAUUUCGUUUCAUGAAUCACCAGAUGCACCAAAGGCUCUCUUCCUGGCAGAACUUGGGAGUUGUUUACUGCAGUACUGUUGUGCCCUCUGAUGAUGUGACAGUGGUUUAUCAAAAUGGGUUACCUGUGAUAUCCGUGAAGCUACCAUCCCGGCGUGAACGCUGCCAGUUCACGCUCAAACCUAUCUCCGAUUCUGUUGGUGUGUUUUUGAGACAACUGCAAGAAGAGGACCGGGGAAUUGACAGAGUUGCAAUCUAUUCAUCAGAUGGCGUUCGAGUUGCUGCCUCCACAGGGAUAGAUCUCCUCCUUCUCGAUGACUUUAAGCUGGUCAUUAAUGACUUAACGUAUCAUGUACGACCACCAAAGAGAGGUAAAAAAGGAGCCUUGAUAAGGUUUCAGAAAUGUGGGAAGGGCUUUUACAAAGAACUUUGUAUUUCCCUGGGUAAUCCUGAGAAAUAGACAGUAUCCACAGGAAGCUAAAAGUUUCAUGUUUAAUUAGACUCUUUCAGUUGAAGAGUUCAUUGAGCUCAUCCUGCACUUGGUUAGUCCACUAAAACCACUUAGAUUCUACCUAGGUCCUAAAGUGCCUUAUUUAUCUGGCAUUAUCACUGUUUCACAUAAAUGAAUGUUCUGCUUAAGUUAAGCUCCUUUCCAACAUACAGGCUGAAAGCCAUACUAUCUUUAUAAUAUUAAAGUAAUAUAGGGGAAAUCUUUUUAAAAUAAAUUAUGGGCUU